AUGAAUAACAAACAAGAAAUUGAUGAUGAUCAUUUACCUCCAUCCAAAAAGAUUAAAAAUAUUCCUUUUUCAACAACAGAAUAUUUAAAAAAAAAAUUAUCUGUGGUUGGUUAUAUUGAAGAUAUUCUUGGAGAAUCUACACAUGUAAAUAGAGAAAAACAAAAUGAAUUUCAUGUAUUCAAAUUCUUGCUAAAUAAUAACGAUGGCUGUACAAUAGUCUGCCACAUUUACAACAAUUUAAUUAACAAGUUCAAAUCACAUUCAGGCAUGAAAAUAAAUCAGAAAAUUAUUAUUGAAAAUGCAGCAAUAGUAGAAACCAAAUUCUAUUCCCAGGGUAACCUACCAUGGAAUAUUAAUUUACAAUUUUAUACCGUUAUUUCUGAUCGUGGACCCUUUGGAGUAUCUAAAUAUGUAAUUCCAAAAGUCAAAUUUAAUGAUUUGGCUUCAAAAAGAGGGAUGAUAAAAGUAAAUGGGUAUCUACGCAGUCCUUUUAUUCAAAAAAAUGAUAACAAUGAAUACGAAUACAUUAGUGGUCUUGCUCACAAAAAGAGAAAAUUAGACUUAGUAUUAAUAAAAGAUGAAGGGAAAUCAAUUAACUUUAUUAAAGGAUCAAAAUUGGAAGUAUUAGGUGAUCUACAAGAAAGUGGAAAAACAUUAGUCUUACGCGUGAAAACUCUCGAUCACAUCAAAAUUCUUUCUGACGAUGAUUAUAUGACUGAACAAGACCUUCUCGUUGCUAACGAAAUAUUUACAAUACAACCCAAAGACGAAACAAAGGAAUAAUUCAUAUAAAAAUUGUCUAAACUAACCAUGAAUUACAGUAAUAAGUUGGAGUGAAAUAUCGUUGUAAAUUUACUAACAGUAUCAAUGUAAAAACACUA